CAUAUGUGUGUGUGGGUGUGUGUGAAAGAGAGAGCAUGGCUGUAGUAGCUGAAAUCGCCUGAUUGUGUCUGUGUAUGAGAGAGAAGGAAAACGACUGUGUACUGUGUAGUAGUUCACGAACACUGAUUGUGUGUGAGGGAGCAUGACAGUAGUAUUUGAAAUUGCCUGGUUGUGUGUGUGUGAGAGAGAGAGCAUGAUUGUGUGUGUGUGAAGGAGCAUGACAGUAGUAUUUGAAAUUGCCUGGUUGUGUGUGUGUGUGAGAGAGAGCAUGAUUGUGUGUGUGAGGGAGCAUGACAAUAGUAUUUGAAAUUGCCUGGUUGUGUGUGUGAGAGAGAACAUGACUGUGUAGUUGUUUGAAUUGCCUGAUAUGUUGGAAAGGACCAGAUGACUGUACACAGUGGUGGUGGUGGCUGAAGCAGUAGGUGUAUCGGCAGAUGAUGCAGUACAAGUGAAUAUCACAAGGCCUUAUCACCAACCCCCUAGCGUGUGAUAACCUAUGCUAAUCAAACUGACAAAGCAGAGGCGCAGGGCAGGAAAACGGUGGUGACAAAUAGCGACACAUACCUUCCCCGAUAGCCAGUCGACACACAAAUACGCCGCUGGUGUGGAUGAUGGUGUCCACAGAAAUGCUGCUAACAAGCCUGCUUUUGAGCACCUGUGUGCCAUCAGCCUCAGCAGUGACCACAGACCAGGUGAGAGAGCUGUGCUCGUUUGAGAGGGCAGACAGCUUGUGUUCGUUUCACAGUGCGGGAGGCUGGAAUAAAAUGAGUCCUGCUGCUGACCGCGGACCACGAACUGACCACACAGGGGGUGGUACGUUUCUUCACCUGAGGGUCGGCUCACACCUGUUUACGUCUUCCAGGCUGUUCACGGGCGUUGUCUGUCUGAGGUUUUUCUACUUCAUCAGUGGCUACAACUCUGUUCACUUGGAGAUCUCCACGAAGUCUGCGAGCACACAGAGGACAGUGUGGCAUGAGCCGAGGUCUGAGGUCACGCAAUGGACUCUGGUUCAAACAACGCUGACCUCAAACACCAGCUUCAACGUCGUCUUCAACGGCACCAAGACUCGAACCUCAGGCUUCUUGGCUAUCGAUGACCUCACCGUCACAUCAGGCUCAUGUGUUCUGUCAGUGGUUUCCCAGGAACCAGUGAUGACCUCAACAGAGGAGUGGAGUUCAGGAACAAGGAGUCGGGACUUUGCAUACUUGGCGUCAGUCUCACCUGAGUCUCGCACACGACUGAUGUUGACACCCACUUCCCCCGCACCUGGACACGCCACACCACCAAUGUCGGCAGCCACAAGGUCUCUUAGAGGGUCACCUGGUGAGUGGUGGACACCGUCCACCGGUGACAGACGAUCUUACUUGACAGCAAAGUACAGCGGCACAGGCCGGCUGACUACACUGCCAGACCUUCAUGAGAUCACAGGAGUGACCCCAAACACAACUGCAGAAGUCUUCAGCGGGACAGCCAGGAUGGCAGAAGAAAUGACCACCAUGCCAGAGUUUUCUCCAGCCGUGACCAACACCGGCUCCAAACCGCUCAACAGCUCUCACAAUGACGUCACCAGUGAAGUUGUGGCUGCAGUCGCCAUGAGUACCGACAGUCACAUGACGAGAUACUCACAGGAAGACAGCGAGAAAAUUGCCUGGCAGAUUUCAACUAUUGCUUUAGGUCUUCUUUUGCUGGCGACCCUUGUGGCCGUGUUGUGGUUGCACUGGUGUAAGCGACACAGAGUGAAUCUCUACAAGCAGCGCAAAGCUUUGAGAGGGCGGGUGGUGGUGACAUACAAAGGGAGCGAACACAGAAACACAGAAAUGACCGAGAGACAGGACUCCUUCUUCAGCAUCACAUCACCACGGAGCAACUACUCCAGCGUCAGCCAUGCACGCGACGACAAUGGGUCUCGCUCCACGUGUUUCCACCAUGAGGAUGAGCUGGACACAGACAGACAUGAGGAGGGAGACGCAUGCCACUCACAAGAUGAAGCAGAAGUAGGCAAUGACGACGAUGAUGGCGAUGAGGAAGAGAUUGAGACGACGUCACACGUGGACCCUAGUUAUUCCUCCACCACACACCUGAAGUCACAAGGCGCCCAGACAUGGGGUUACAGAGAAGGUGCGCCCAACUGUCUCUUAGUGUCCUCUCUCAGAGACUGGUCUCAGCUUGCGCCCAAUCCUGGCCCGUGGCCCUCACUGGCACCAAGGGGGACCACCCAUGAUCAAGACGCUGUAUCUGCCAGCCAACAGCCGGCUAGCAGUGAGUGGUUACUCGGGACCACUCCCACCUCAACCACAACGUCACUCAGCGCCAAGGGAGAGAAACGUGGAAGAUUUCAACGGGGGGUAGCUGUGACGAGGGGUACCCGCUACCCUGCACCAAACUCAGUUUUGGACCCGCCCUCACCUGUGGACAACCUGCCGGUCGCUGAUGGUAAUGGUAGUUGGGAAGCCAAGAGACAGAAGCCGGAAGUUAUCUACGGAAAUGUUCAGACGUUCACGCCGAGUGUUGGGUCGUCUGUGAACGGCAUUGACACCAGGCAGUUACGCCCACCCAGCCAGGAGGUGGGACAGACUGUUCAACCGCCAAAGUGGAGCAGCGACCUUUCCUUUGCAGACAACUCAACAGGUAUGCCGCGAGAGUUGUCUGCUCGCAUUGAAGGAAGUCCGCCACAGGUGGUGUCCGGUGCUCAUAGGGACAGCGCGCUGCAGCUGCUGGCGUCCCCCGGGAGUAAGACGCUACCAGUCUCUGCUACUCCAGCGGAGCUGCCAGGGGGCGCUACCUUCCACACUUUUCUCGGCAGCAGAAAAGGUCACGUGACUAGCCUCGUCACUAGCGUCAUUGAAGACAAGGGAGGCAAGGACAGCAGUCAGAGUCGAGUUGUCCGACUUAGUCGACACAAACUGGAGAAGACUAACGGAAGGAGCGCCGAGUGCUUGAGGACACAGGAGGGCAGCACAAGCAUGAAGAAAGAGCCUGCUCACAGUUUUAUUUUGAGAAUCUGACUCACCCUGCUCUUUAGUUCUUGACAUCUAGAAUCUAAUGUUCUGGGGCCAGUUGCACAACGUUUCUAAAACUUAAAUCUGUUAUAAAGAAGCAAAUAAUAAUGGCUCCGUUGAACGA